GUGUUCAUCUUCUUCUCCCCCCCUUGGCUCUCUCUCUCUCUCUCUCUCUCUCUCCACGGAAGAAAAAAGUAGAUCUAUCUUUGACGGCUCUCUCUUCAAUCCUCUUCACUCCUUUGGCUAUGUUGUCGUGUCUGAUCUGAUACUGGUUCCUGUUUGCCUACCCGCUCUUUUGGGUUUGGUCGGAACAGACUAAGAAAGCUUCCCGUUUUGUGUCUUGUCGGAAUAGAUUAAGGAAACUUCCUGUUUUGGGUUUGGUCGGAAUAGAUUAAGGGAGCUUCCUUUUGUGGGUUUGGUCGGAAUAGAUUAAGAAAGCUUCCUGUUUUGGGUUUGGUCGGAAUAACCCAUCACCGAGUGUAUGGAAGAAGCAAAGUAGAUGUUCUUGUAAGGAAAAGACAGCACUUUUGUUUCAUUUUGUGGAUAAAGUUCAAGUCUUUGCUUUGUUGUAGUCUGAUUUGGGUAUGGUGGGAAGAGAGGAUACAAUGGGUAACGAGGAACCUCCUCCUCCUCCUGGUUCCAAAAGAAUGUUCUGGCGGUCUGCGUCCUGGUCUGCUUCACGUACUGCAUCACCACAAGCUCCUGAGGAGGACCCACACCUGACCAUCCCCUCUGGUCAGCAGAGUCGUAGUAGAUGCGCAGGAGCUCCUCCUCUAACACCUCGCUCACAUCACAACAAGGCUAGAGCUUGCUUGCCUCCACUCCAGCCUCUUUCCAUUUCGAGAAGAAGCUUAGACGAAUGGCCCAAAGCAGGGUCAGACGACGUAGGCGAGUGGCCUCAUCCGCCAACAACCCCUAGCGGCAGCGGCAUGAACGAGAGAUUGAAGCUUAAUUUAUCAUCAACGCGGGUCCCGGACAAAAGCUCUGGUCUAGUUAAGAGGGAGAAGAUCGCUUGCUUCGAUAAAGAAUGCUCUAAAGUCGCUGAUCACAUCUACGUGGGCGGAGACGCCGUGGCCAAAGACAAGGAGAUAUUAAAGAGCAACAGAAUCACACAUAUACUCAACUGCGUCGGUUUCAUCUGCCCUGAAUAUUUCAAAUCCGAUUUUUGCUACCGGUCGUUAUGGCUGCGCGACAGUCCCUCGGAGGAUAUAACCAGCAUCCUCUACGACGUCUUCGACUACUUCGAAGACGUCAGGGAGCAGAAGGGAAGGAUCUUCGUCCACUGCUGCCAAGGAGUCUCCCGCUCCACCUCCUUGGUGAUAGCCUACUUGAUGUGGAGAGAAGGGCAGAGCUUCGACGACGCGUUUCACUACGUGAAGUCCGCUCGAGGCAUAGCGGAUCCCAACAUGGGCUUCGCCUGCCAGCUGCUGCAGUGCCAGAAGCGCGUCCACGCCUUCCCUCUCAGCCCCACUUCCUUGCUGAGGAUGUACAAAAUGUCUCCCCACUCCCCUUACGACCCUCUCCACCUCGUCCCCAAGCUUCUGAACGACCCGCGCCCCUCGAGUCUAGACUCGAGGGGCGCGUUCAUCUUGCAGCUGCCUUCUGCGAUCUACAUUUGGGUCGGGAGGCGGUGCGAGGGGAUCAUGGAGAGAGAUGCCAAAGCUGCUGUUUGCCAGAUCGCGCGGUACGAGAAAGUGGAGGCUCCGAUCACGGUGGUUAGAGAGGGAGAGGAGCCUGGUUACUACUGGGACGCGUUCGCGAGCAUUUUGCCUGUGAUUGCAGACGGCUCUACUGGUAAAACUACUCAGACGGGGGAGAGGAGGGUGGAAGCUUAUAAUCUCGAUUUCGAGAUUUUCAAGAAAGCCAUCGAGGGAGGGUUUGUGCCGACGCUAGCGUCGUCCAACAACGAGCAUGAGACUCAUCUUCCUGCUAGGGAGAACAGCUGGAGCUCGCUGAAGUGCAAGUUCGCGUCGAGGUUCGAGAGAGGAUUUCGUUAUGUCUCCAAGACGCCGCUCUCGAGAGUCUACUCUGAUUCGAUGAUGAUCGUUCACGCGUUAGGCUCGCCUUCGUCAUCAACAACAACAGCUUCUUCUGAUUCUGUGUGCGCAGCGAAUCCAAGUAAUAGCAGGAAGAGUUUCCCACCGCCUUUGAUAUUGCCUAAGUUUGCCAGCCUGUCUCUGCUUCCUUCCCAGACUUCUACUGAACCGGGACCAAGUAGGAAGGCUUCUCCUUCUCUUGCGGAGCGGAGAGGCGGUUUAAAAGGGUCUCUGAAGCUGCCGGGUUUGGCUGAUGAUAGUAGUGACAUUGUCUUCAACUUGGAGGGUGUUAGAAAAGAUGAUCCAAGUCCAUUAAGUGAUGGCGAGAGUGAGAGAAUUGUAGAUUCAGAUUUGCCACAGAAGGAAAUGGAUGAAUCAGGAAGUGGGCAGGCUUUAGCAUGUAGGUGGCCAAGUAUGGAGAUGAUUACAGAAGUGAGCAGAGGUUACUUAGAUUCAGAAUCUGUUAUAGCACUUGUGCUGCCAAGUGGUGAUGAUGAUGUAGGAGGAACCAGUAGUAGGAUUUUGUACAUUUGGAUAGGAAAGUCAUUCGCUGUAGAUAACAACUGUUAUCUGUUAGAUAGCAACAAGGCGGUAGACAGUGUGGAGAAUCUUGAUUGGGUGCAGAUUGGUGAAGCCAUUUUGUCUAAGAUGGACUUGCCUAAAGAUACUCCUGUGAAGAUAGUUAGAGAAGCUGAGGAUCAAACUGAGUUUCUUGCGCUGCUGAGUGCGCUUUAGCACAUCUUCUUCUUUUUUCCUUUUACGUUCACAGAUUCCUUCCAGUCAACACGUUUCCAUUUCCAGUUAAGAGUAUUCAGCUCAGCAGGUCUCUCUCUCUCUAUCUCUGGUUAUGGAAGUUCAAGUUGAGAGAAAACAACUCUCUUGUACAGUUGGGAAAACUUGUUCCACAGACAUUGUAAUCGUCAAGGAGCCAUCUAUUAGCAAUGUUAUAAUCAGAUAAAAAUGUAAGGUUUAGGGGGCUCUAGGAGGGUUUUAGAUUAUUAAUGGACUUCUUCUUAUAAUGUUAUCAUAUAUACUCACCAGUUGGUAGACCUCCUUUCUUUUAUGUUGUUGUUUCAAGACUUCCAAGUAAAGUACACUAAAGUAGGUUUUGAAUUCUGGUUGAAGUGUAAUCCAAGAGUUAGUUUAUUACA